AUGGCGGACGUGACAAAAGCGGAGCAGCUACCGAACUGCAAAUUGAUGAUAACGGGAUCAUCACUCUCUGGGAAGAUAGAGCUUGCUAAGAGGGUGGCAGAUUUAGCGGGGGAUAAGCAGAGGCUGAGAAUCCAACUCAGCGACCCAAUUUCUAAUCAGCACUACUUCGAGCAUCCACACCACAAGUUAUUCGUGAUAGUUGUGAGCUGCUUGGAGCAUAUGGAAGACUUUACGACGCAAAUGAAGAAUAUACCGCAAUACUUGAUUGCCAGGAAUCUCGUGUACGUCGUCUUGUCGAAGAGCGAUUUGCAUCUCCAGCAUCAGAUGAAUCCUGUAGAGGCGAAAAGAUGGUUGAUGGCGUAUAAUGCCGAUAUACCGCUAAUGUAUUGGUACAGCGCAAAGCGUUCGACGGAUCACAUAGCAAAGGGCAUCUUGGCCUACGCGACGAGGCCGCUGAGCAGCAGAUCGUUGCUUCUUUACCCAGCGAAACCUGUCUUUGACGGAAAUGCUCAAGUCGUCGGACAGGACGCUAAGCCUACGAUGGGAAUUAUAUCAUCGAGGCAUCACAUGUAG